AUGAAAAAGAUCGUCAAACUUAAUGGACCACGUUUUCAACGUACUGGAGCAAUACGCUUCCAAUCUGGAAGAAGAGUCAUUCUUACUUUUGAGGUGCAAGCGCGUAUGAAAGAACUCACUGAAGAAAAGAAAAAGAGCGAUAUUCUACUCUACAGGAUGUUGCCAAAACAAGUGGCCGAACGCCUAAAAAUGGGUCAAGCGGUUGAACCAGAGACAUUUGAUUGUGUGACGCUUUUCUUUUCCGAUGUAGUGUCUUUCACUAUAUUGGCUAGUCGAUGCACACCACUCCAAGUAGUAAACCUGCUUAACGAUCUCUACACACUAUUUGAUGCGAUUAUUGACGAACACGAUGUUUACAAGGUGGAGACAAUUGGUGAUGGUUACCUUUGUGUGUCUGGCCUCCCACAUAGAAAUGGCAAUGAACAUGCAAAAGAAGUCGCCGAGAUGUUCUGUUGUGACUGGAGUACUGGCCGAGUGCACAUCUCCGCUGAAACAAAGGAAUUUUUGACAGGGGUGAUUGGUGGGUAUAAAACGGAACCAAGAGGAGAGGUUAUUGUAAAGGUACGCGCUCAUGGCAAAGGCGCUUUGGAAACGCAUUGGCUCCUGACUCCAGAAGAGCAAGAACUUAGGCUUGCCGAAUAA